AUGGUGCGGAAAACCGGCGGGCUGCUACUUCUGCUCCUAUGGCCUAGCGGGCUUCUUAUCAACUUCAGUCUUCCUGACACGACAGAGCAAAGGCAUGCUGUGGUGACAGGAGCUGCAGGGUAUUUGGGACGAGAGCUUUGCGCGCAGCUCCUGGAAGAUCAUUGGAGGGUCACCGCCUUGGUGAGAGAGGUUUCAGCUGAGCGUGCGCAAGCCCUAGCAGAGCUGGCCAAGGAUAUUGGUGGUGACUUCCAAAUUCUUUCGCUCGAUCUUCUGGAUGAUGUGGCCUUGCAGCAGACUAUGACAAGCUUAAGGCCCAGUGUGAUCUUCCACGCGGGGGGGCGUGUUUCGGCGCUGUAA